AAUGUGCUUUCUCUGUUUUAGCUUAAAGCAAUAAAUGUCGACCUCCAAAGUGAUGCUGCUCUGCAAGUGGACAUUUCGGAUGCUCUUAGUGAAAGGGAUAAGGUCAAGUUCACUGUUCACACGAAGAGCUCAUUGCCAAAUUUUAAACAAAAUGAGUUUUCGGUUGUUCGACAACAUGAGGAAUUUAUCUGGCUUCAUGAUUCCUUCGUUGAAAAUGAAGACUAUGCAGGUUACAUUAUCCCACCAGCACCACCAAGACCUGACUUUGAUGCUUCACGGGAAAAACUGCAGAAGCUUGGAGAAGGGGAAGGAUCGAUGACAAAGGAGGAGUUCACCAAGAUGAAGCAGGAGCUGGAAGCUGAAUAUCUGGCAAUUUUCAAGAAGACGGUUGCAAUGCACGAGGUGUUCCUGUGUCGUGUGGCAGCACAUCCUAUUUUGAGAAAAGAUUUAAAUUUCCACGUCUUUUUGGAAUAUAAUCAAGAUUUAAGUGUUCGAGGAAAAAAUAAAAAAGAAAAGCUUGAGGAUUUCUUUAAAAACAUGGUUAAAUCAGCGGAUGGAGUCAUUGUUUCCGGAGUAAAGGACGUAGAUGACUUCUUUGAGCAUGAACGAACAUUCCUUUUAGAAUAUCAUAACCGAGUUAAGGAUGCAUCUGCCAAAUCUGACAGGAUGACAAGAUCUCACAAAAGUGCUGCUGAUGAUUACAAUAGAAUUGGGUCUUCAUUAUAUGCUUUAGGAACUCAGGACUCUACAGAUAUAUGCAAGUUUUUCCUCAAAGUUUCAGAACUGUUUGAUAAAACCAGAAAAAUAGAGGCCCGGGUGUCUGCUGACGAGGACCUCAAGCUAUCUGACCUGCUGAAGUACUACUUACGGGAGUCUCAAGCAGCUAAGGACCUCCUCUACAGAAGGUCGAGGUCACUGGUGGACUAUGAAAAUGCCAAUAAAGCACUGGACAAGGCAAGAGCAAAAAACAAAGAUGUCCUACAGGCGGAAACGUCCCAACAGUUGUGCUGUCAGAAGUUUGAAAAAAUAUCUGAAUCUGCAAAACAAGAACUGAUAGAUUUUAAGACAAGAAGAGUUGCUGCGUUCAGAAAAAAUUUAGUGGAGCUUGCAGAACUAGAACUAAAGCACGCAAAGGGCAACCUCCAGUUGCUGCAGAACUGCCUUGCAGUUUUAAAUGGAGACACAUAGGCCACACUCUGCCUUCUGCUGAAAAGGGCUGCCUUCAAAUCUCCUUUGAUUUCUUGCUGAUGUCUGGCAUCUAAGCUCACUGGGAACAAGAGGAACAGCUGGCGGGUGCAUCAGCCUUUCUUCUGAGAGACAAUGGAGCAGCAGGGCUCACUGGCCCCAGGGCAGUGGCCUGCCACCCGCACUUGACCUUCCAAGAAGCCCAAAGUUCAACUCUUUUCUUUAAAUCGCCUGUCUUAACCAUGUGUGUUUCCUCCUUUCCUUUGAAUCACUUGUCCAGUUUUAACAUUCUCAAGAGUCCCUUGAUCACACAAGGUAAACGUUGCUUUCUGGGUUUUGUUUUUGUUUUUAAGCAUCCUGUGCCCUGAGUUCUUUCAUGUAUCUAUGUAAAACAUCUUAAUGAGACUUACUUUGAGUUAAUGAGCAUAGACGUUUUGGGUCUGUUUCUGUGAGCUCUAUAAGUAUGGUUGAUCUCUGAAGAAAAGCAGAUGCGGUAGUAUGUUUGCCUUAAAUUUGUGGACUAAACCAAUAUUGUGAAACGCCCAGCGAUACCAGUGGCGUUUUAACUCCGUGCUCCUUGUAUCGCUCUGGAAUUUGGGGUAGUGAUAAUAAAUCUACUCCAGUAUUAUGCUUUACAGUGCAGGGUUUUUGUUUUCCUCACCUUGUUUCUUUUGAAAUGGCCAAUUGAACCAUGUUCACCGAAUGCUUUACCAUAGGGCGACCUGGUCUUCCUGGGUGCACUAAACAGAAGGGGCAGCUGGACAGAGGCAGACAAUUGGCAUUUCCUAAUGAUGCAGAAGCAUCAUUGUUCACUGGAUCCCGUCCCUAGCUCAGCCAGUUGGCUGAGAGACAUCUGUCAACCAAGCUCCUCCUUAGUUUACCAUGGCAGCCUAUCCUGGCAUGGAGGGAAAGCAUCCUGCUAGCAGAAAGAGCUCUUGAGUGUGGGGAGGGAAGUGGAUUCCCUGGGACGAAAGUUGGUUUGCAGCUGGGAUGCCGAGGGCCAGUGGACCCGUGUCACGCAUGCCCGGUCUUUUCCAUGGGGCAGACGUGAUCAUCGUUCCCAGCGUAAAGUUAGGGCAAAUGGACUUCCUGUCUUUUUCCAAGUCCUCCCCUAUUUGGGAAGCCACGAGGAUUUGAGCUGAUCACCCCUGGAACGGGUUCCUAGUUUGUUUACAAUUUUCCAAACCGUCCCGAAGGUUGCAGGUCCCCUCGCAGGCGGUCGCCCUGACCCACCCACCCAACCAGCCUUUCUCAGUGCAUGUUCUCUUGCCUCGUGCGCUGGUCCGUGUCCUCUCCGACUGACACUUCCCCGUCCUGUUCAGAGUCGGUUUCCCUGUUGUUGACCGAGAGAUCCUUUCCGUCCUUCCUGUAUGUGACUUUCGAUGUCUGCCGGUGGUGAGUGCAGGCCCAGGAUCCCCUACUUCUGGACUUGGUCCGGCCCUUCCCAGCUGCCCUUGUGGCCACAGUCCGGUUUGGGCAAGAUUCUCAGUUCUCUGCUAUAAAGGACAUGUUGACCUACCUCACAGGGGUGUUGUGAGGGUUAAUAAAUGUUGGUUCCGUGCUUUGGAAA